GGGAAGGAGGAGGAAGAGGAGUGAAAGUUGAAAAGUACCUACCGAAGCCCGGGUGGGUGUACGUACGUACAUGUAUGGAUGUAUAAAAGUGAAAUAAUCCCCAAUUUCAUUCAUCAAACCACAUAUAAAAAAACCUAAAACAACAAAUCGGAUCGGAGUUUCUUUCGAUGGAAGACGACGAAGGAGGUAGAAUCAAAGCUCAAGUGGAAGAAGGGGGGAAGCAGGAAGAAGAAGAUCUUCUUGUUGAGAAUCAAAGCAGCUCUGCCUCCUCAGCAGCAACUGCUGCUUCUUCUGCCUUGAAAGGGAAGCGCCCACUUGUUGAGAAUCCAAGUUCUGCCUCAGCACCUGCUGCUUCUGGUACCAAAUCUCAAGUGGAAGAAGGAGCCAAGCGCCCAUGUCUGGAUGAGGAGACAACCAAGCCCAAUCAUACUGUGAUGGAUGAGACAGAGGAUGAGGAGGAGGAAGAACUGAUUGAUUAUGGGGAACCUAGGAUGAAGGACGGAGGCUAUUACCUCCGCUUUGAGGCAGAUCGAGCAAUUAUCGUGGGAGAACGUCCUGAGCCCGUUGUGAGGAGCUUGGGGCGUCCUCCUCCAAACGUGCUCACCUUUAAAAGGAUGCAGCGGAGAUUGGCUGAAACUGGAUUAGGAUAUCUUCACCCUGACGAUCCCCUCGGGAAGAUUCCGUGGAAUCCGUUCCCGUUCCCUGUAGGAAAGGGUGGUUUCUCUUUUUAUGGUUCUGACACAUAAGCUUGAUCAAGUGCCCUCCCUGUUGGAAAUGGAUCCAGGAAACCAGCAACUGAUGCUCUGCUUAUAUCAACUUAUUUAGUAUCACCAUAUGAGAUACGAAUAUUCUUAAGUUUAUGUGAAACAUUCUUUUUAUUUUGCUUUA